AUGGCGCAAACUACCCGCGCCUUCGCUCUCCUCUACCUUCUCAUUCUCUUCUGCGCUUCCCUCCCGUCAGCCUUUUCCUCCCUAAACGAUCGCCGACUCACCCCACGCGAGCGAAUCCUUCGCGACGGAGCGCUGCUCGCCGACCGAAGCCACUCCGUCAUCUUCAAGAAAGGCUCCUCGAGCGACAACUCUGUCAAUUCCGUCGAUUCUGCCGGCAGCGGAGCAGACACCCGACGUAAUUUAUACGGCGGUCAGGUGACGUCGUUCGCGAUCGCCAAUGGCAUCUCGCGGGGCAGUCUCAUCCAGAGCGGCUACGACGACGCCGCGAGCGAUCGCUCCGAGUCGUCCAGCGAUCGCUUUCAGUCGCACGGCGACCAAUUCAGAGACCCGAGCGAUCAGUUCGAGGCUCCUUCGCUCACCAUUUUCUGCGCUCCGAAACCCUACUCGUCAAUCGCGGACCCUUCGGACCCAAACCCCGACUCGCAACGGCGCGCUUUGCUCUCGUGGCUGCGCCUCUCUCCGCCUCCGAAAGUCGUCCUUUUCGGAAACGACACGUCGUUCCACGAGCUCGCGCGUCGGUUUCCCGCGCAAAUCUCCGUCGAGCCGCAGAUCGACAGCAAUUUCUACGGCGUGCCGCAGUUUCACAGCAUGGUGGCGCGCGCCCAGGCCGCUUCGACCGACAUUUCGAUGAUCAUCAACGGUGACAUCAUCCUCCUGAAUGACGUCAUGCUCGCGUUGCAGAAGACGCACGGAACCUUCCAGCACUGGGUGAUGACCGCGGCGAGGUGGGACAUGCCGGAGGAUUUCCCGUAUUCCUUCGAGCCGCAGAUGUGGGGCCAGCGGGGGCUGGCUCGCGGGCGCAGUCAUGCGGCGAUGGAGGAGGAAAUCCGCGGGUUUGUACGCGAUAUAGGCACGCUGCACACGUACGGCGGCGUGGAUUUUUGGGCGUGGAACAACGAUUCUCCCGCGCCGCUAUUCGACGGGGUUAUGCCGCCGUUUUCGUUCGGGCGCGGGAAAUACGACAACUGGUUCACGCACGAGAUCGUGGCGGCAGGACGGCGGACCAUGGUCGACGCCAGCGAGGCAGUCACGGCGAUCCACGUGGCGCAUUCUUACUCGCACGUGGUAGAAUCAGCCGCGACCAAGAGCAUCGGCGGGAAGGACGGAAACGGUAACGGAAACGGUAACGGAAUAGCAGCAGGGAAGAACUUUUGGAGCACGCGGAAGAAGAGCAGCUGGGAGCUGUUCGGCAACAUCCACAUGGCCAUGACACAUGGGUCGUACGCCAAUCAGAAGGGCACCGCGCUGCACGUGCCCUGGAAGCUCGCCACGUGUCAUGAGCCCUCCGUGCACAACAUGUGCCUGCAGCAGCGCCUUCGCCCCGCCACGUGCACCUGCGAAUCCGCGAAUUUCGUCCGGUCCAGCCAGACCGACCCGAAGCUGGAUAAAACGGGCAGGAAAUGGACAUGUGGCAGUGUGUCAGUGGACAGGAAUUCGGACUACAGUAUCCCCACUCUUCCUCCUCCUCCACCUGCCUCCUCCCCUGUAGGCCUCCCACACACCAUGGAGCAAAUACUUCCCACAAUCGCUCGGAGCGUUCCAGAUGGCCGAGGAGGAGAGCUGCAGGUGGUAACCCUAGUGGCGGUAACCGCGGGGUACGCGGAGAUGCUGAUGAGCUUCGUGUGCCGCCUGCGCUCCCUCGGCCUCGCCUCCAACCUCCUCGUUGCCGCGCUUGAUGAGGACUUGUACCGAUUCGCCUUCACUCAGGGCCUGCCCGUGUAUUACGAGCAAGUCAGCCAGGGGCUCAAGGGUGUGGAUUCUAAGGACUGUGCCUUUGGUAGCCAGUGCUUCAGGCAGUUCACUAAGCUGAAAUCCCGGGCUGUGCUUCGGGUGCUCAAGGCAGGGUAUUCUGUGCUCUGGACUGACGUCGACAUUGGCGAGAACGUUGUGGAAGGGAAGGAGGAGUGUGUGUGGAAAAACGGCCUUCGCACUAUCUUCCUUGAUAGAGUGGUGUAUGCCAAUGGUGCUGCGCAUGGGUUUUGGGACGAGGAGGAUGUGGAGGGGACUUGCAGGAGAAAGGGGUGCACUAUUCUUCACAACAACUGGAUUGCUGGGAAGGAUGCCAAGAAGCAGCGGUUUGUGGUGAACUCCUUUUGGCACUAUGAUGCCGAGAAGAGAAUGUGCAUGUGGAGGUGGCAUAGCGGCGCAACUCAAAGAGAAGGCGCAGGGAGCAGAAUAUCAGCCAUGAAAUAA